AUGGACUCCAAGAAGCAAAAACCUGUAAUAGGGUGGAUUGUUACAGCAAAUCCAUUUGAAGGUGAAAGAUAUUAUCUGCGAAUAUUAUUGAAUCACAUCAGAGGCCAUUUAUCAUUUGAUCAUAUCAAGACAGUUGAUGGUAUUAUUGCACCAACAUUUCGCGAGGCAGCUACUUUGCAUGGGUUGUUAAAUCUUGAUAUAUUUGUCAGCAAACAGGGAGGUCUUGCCAGAUUACUAUGUCUUUCAAGAUUAAUUGUAUAUGAUGAGGCACCUAUGUCUAGAAAAGAAUCUAUUGAAACAUUUGAUAAAAUGUUACGAGAUAUAAAUGAUCCAGAAUUGCCAUUUGGUGGAAAAAUUGUAGUAUUUGGUAGGGAUUUUCGUCAAGUUCUUCCAGUUGUUCGUAAAGACACAAGACAAGAAAAAAUUAAUGCCAGCUUAGCUGCCUCUUAUCUCUGGCCUAUGAUGAAAAAAAUCACUUUAAGUGAAAAUAUGCGAGCAAGGUUAGAUUUGGAUUUCUCAGAAUACUUGUUACAAGUCGGCAAUGGAACAUCACCAAUUACUAUUGAAGAAAAUAUAAAAGUUCCCAGUGAAAUGCUCAUCCCUUAUACCAAUGAUCUUGAGUCUUUGGAAGAUUUGAUUGAUGCUGUUUUUGGAGAUAUGAACAUUUAUUCAGAUAACCUUUUACAGAUGAGCAAUCGAGCUAUAUUAACAUCGAGAAAUGUUUACGUUGAUCAAAUUAAUGCUAUACUAAUCGAAAGAUUCCCUAGUGAAAUUAUACGUUAUUACACUUUCGAUGAAACAAUAGAUUCAUCUGAACAAAGUAUUAUGGAAGACUUUCUAAAUACAUUGACACCGAAUGGACUUCCACCCCAUGAAUUAUUACUUAAAAAAAAUUGUCCUAUCAUGUUGUUCAGAAACAUUGAUCCUUCUAAAGGCUUAUGUAAUGGAACACGUUUGAUCUGUCGCAACUUCAAUCGCAAUGUCAUUGAUGCAAAAAUUGCAAUUGGUCACUACAGUGGAAAGAGAGUUUUCAUACCAAGGAUUCUAUUCCUACCAAAUGCAGAUGAAAACAAUGGAUUUUCAUUUAACAGAACACAGUUACCUAUUAGACUAAGCUUCGCAAUGACAAUAAACAAAUUACAAGGACAGAUACUAGAUUUUGUUGGAAUAUACCUGUCUCAACCUGUAUUUUGUCAUGGUCAAUUAUAUGUGGCCUUAUCAAGAGCAAAAAGUAGUAGCUCAAUAAAAGUUCUUAUAAGGCCAAUAUCAAAUGAUCAAUCUGAAGAAAGCCACACAAAAAAUAUUGUUUAUGGAGAUUUAUUAAAAAUGGCACAUUCAACGUGA